AUGUAUGCGUGGCUACACUCCGUCUUCGCGGCGCGCUCGCCGCCGUGCUCGAUUCAGGCAGCGGAUGGCCAUCGCAGUGCGCGCGUGGCGCACCAGUUCUUCAAUUGCGCCCAAGAGAUGCCAGAGGGCGAAGCGACGUUCGCUACCCUCGAAGCGUUGGGAAGGCCAACGCAGGACUGCUGGUUCCACCGCAUUCCCCAACGGGACUUGGAUCCCGCUGUCGCGGCCGGCGACACCAACAUCUCCAUCCUCGCUGUCGUGACCGGCGGGGCCUGCGGCGAAUCAACGGCCCUCGGGUUCAUGGCUGGCCCUGCUGUCCGCGAUUACUUUGUGCAGGGUAAGGCCGACACGACGGCCGACCAGUGGCAUCUUAUCCACCCGUACUUUCAAUCCCAGGGCACUCCUAUUGCUGCGAUCGCAUUCCACAUGGGCGGCGCCGAGCACAGUGACAGCGGUUUUAUCAUCGCCGGCCCGCGGCAUCAGAGCACCCCGCUUGCGCCGCCGCCAUCAACAGCGCAGCGGCUAGAGUCCAGCGUGGCAUCAGACAACCAGCAGACAGCAGCGAGAGGCAGGCAACAGCGAGGUUUCAACUUUUGUGACGGCGCACCCCUGACUGGCGGCGAGCGGCUGGAGCUGUGCUACUUCCCCGCGGCGUUGGGCAUCCGCUCUUUCGCAGGAGGCGACGGCGAGACCGAGCCAAUCGACCCUUGCUUCGAAGCCAACUUUGCUCGGGACCCCCACCUCUCCCUCCCGCGCGGCGGACGCGCCGACUUCCGCGGGCGCGACGGCCAGUACUACUGCUUCCUCUCGGCGCCGCGCCUUGCCAUCAACAUCAAGACGGAGGACGCCACCUUCCGCCUUCACAACCUCCACGACAAGGGCGGCACGCUGGUCGUGGAAGGGUCCUUCAUCACCGAGCGAAUACAACACGAGCAGCCGCGGGUGCACUCGCUGGGCGUCACUCGGCUGCUGCUGGUGCCGGGUGAGCGUGUGCUGGUCUCCGCGUCGUACGACUGCACCGCGAAGGUGCUGGACACGCGCAGCGGCGCCGUGACACGCAUCAUCGAUAGCCCGCACAGGUCUCGAUUCACCGCUCUGUGCUGGGACGGCGCCCGUUCGGAGCUGCUCCUUGGGGACGAGAGUGGGCACUUGAGCAUCUGGGACGUCGGCGGCGAGGGCUGCCUCAAAUGCGAGCGCUUGUGGGGCGAUGGGGCCCUCCCAAAGCAAGGCGGCGAAAAGGUGGCAGCCGCACUGGCCAAUGCGGUUCGGGUCAGCCGGAUUGAUUCCACGGGGCCGCGCGUGGGCAAGCCGGGACCCAGUCAGGGCGGGCUGCGCCAUCUCGCUCUCGCGGAGGGAGGGCGCCUCCUCUCCUCCUCGGGCACCGCUGUCGACGCGUGGCGCGUCGUCCACGGAAUCAGCAGCGUGAGGGCCGCCGCACACAGCGCGGCAGUCGUUGCUGUCGCCGGACCCGGCACAGCUGCCGUGUGCGACGAGGGGGAGGAGCGGCGCUCAGACGCGGCGCGCUCGCCGGAAGCGGCGCUUUCGACACGGUCCAGCGAGAGCGCGGUCUACUCCGCUUCCCUCGACGGCACCAUCCGCGCGUGGGACCCGCAAGACAUGUCGUGCACAUCCAUCUUUCACGAGGUUCGGUCCGAAAUUGCCUGCCUAAUCCAUUGCCCGCGCUGUGAGCGGCUCGUCACUGGGCACGAUGACGGCGCGAUUCGGCUGUGGCAUGUGGACUCGGGAUCGACGGUGACGCUGUCGGGCCACUCCAACACAGUGACGUGCCUCAGCGUCGACACACGCGGCAAGUCCGUGCGGCUCCUCUCGUCGAGCUUUGACGGCACGGUUGGCGCGUGGGACAUUAGCGGGCAGCGGCCGCCAAGGCUCGAGCUGCUCUUCGCCGCCCACGAGGAGGAGGUGCUCGCCGUGCGCGCCGCGGAGCUGACGCCGCGGUACGUCACCGCCGGAUCCGGUGCGCUCAUCAAGAUAUGGUCGCUCGAUACUCACGCGCUGCUCGGACAGCUGCGCGGCCACACCGAGCCAGUCGGCCACCUCGCAGUCGAUGGCCACUUUCUGCUCUCGGGCUCGGACGACGGCUCGGUGCGGCUCUGGGACCUGUACGCAUACGCGCUGCUCCGCGUGCUCCCCCGUGCGCAAGAGGGGCCUCUCCGUGGCCUGCUCGUUGUGCCCGACUCCGGCUGGCUCGUCGCCUGCUCCGAGGCGGCGGUACGGGUGUGGGACUACGACUCUGGUGGGCUGCUCAAGGAGUGGCGGCACGCCGAGCCCUUCUGCAGCAUCGGGCUCCGCCGGUCGACGGGCGACGUGAUCGCAGGGACGGAGGAGGGCCUCCUCGUCGCCCUCCCCCUAGCAGAGCUGACGCCUUCGAUGGGCGCGUGA